AAUUAUAGAAAUAAGCAUGUCAUAAACCUAAAAACAAUGAUUUGUUAAGGAGAUGACACUUUAGUAGAUCAAUGAUUGCACGCUUUUGCUUUUAUUAAAAUUGAACCAUUUAAAUGUUAAAUUAAAUAAAAACUGGUUUCCCGCUUUAAGUAAUAAAAUUUUCCACAUAUCAAGACAGUGAUAUCGCAGAAGUUUAUUACGAUUAUAUGCUUCUUUUAAUCAUUUAUUUCUGAGGUGGUGCACAUUUGCAAGAAAACAUUCAAAAACUUCUUUAUAGGAAAAUCCAGGCCUUUCAAAAAAUUAAGAAACUGUUGCUAGUUGUAAAGCUGCCAAAUUUUUAAGUAUGAACCUUUUUUCACACAUGCCUCCCAUCAAUCAAUGACAUUCGAAUGGCAUUCAGAUAAUUAUUACCUGGUAUAACAAGAAAUUGGACGAAUACUUAAAAAAUGACAAAUUUCAAUUGGACAGUCAUCCUUUUAGAUGAUAAAUAAAAAAGGCAUUAUUUAUCUUUUCUUGUAUAUAUGUUGAUAAAAGUCCCUUUUUUGUGUCAAAAUCAUGUUUUUGAUUGAAUAUCACUCUUACGUAAAACGACCGCAGAUUUUAAGAAACUUUUACUAGUUAGUCGUUAGCUUAGUUUUUUUGAAAGGAAAAUCGUAUAUUUAUAGACGAGAUUAAAAAACUACCAAACAGGAUGACAUAAUACAGAAAUAAUAAUUCUUCCAUUUGUGGCUACUGUGGAGUUCCGACUUCAUAAUUUAGCGAGGAAUUUCUGCGCGAAUAUAAUUCGGUGAAAAUUGCAAAUUUCGUCAAAAUUGGCCAAAUCAAAUCCGCGCCAAUAUCUGUGUUUAAGUGUGCAACUGUUGUGUUAAUUUUUUGUUUCUGCUGUUUUAAAGAUGCGCAUGUGGUUUUUAACAGUGUGAAAUCAUGCGUGACAUGCUGUUAGAGUGUACUUCAAAGAACAUAUUUUUCAAUUCUCUUUCCCACUUUAUUUCCGUCAAAAAGCUAAUCAAAAAUUGCCAAACAUAACAAUCUUUAAAUCCUCGAUUUUUUUUCAAAAAAAUCAUUUUUUAAUUUGGGGAACCUUUUAAAUACUUAAUUUGUUGAUAAUUCUAAAUUGCAAUUUUCUUCAGCAGGUACUUAAAGACACGGUUGGGAGAGCAGAGAAAAACUCAAAACUGUUGAAAAUCACAACAUGGCUGAGAGAAAUUAUUUUAUAUAAACUAUAUAUUUGUAUUUUUCAUUAGUAUGUGUAUUGCUUUAUGUUGAUCAACGUCGGAAGCAAAAUGCCGCCCUUCAUGUUAGUCAUGUAGAGAGUUGGGUUUAAAAAAUGAGAUUCUAUCAAACUUCCACGGUGUAUAUUUUUUGUAUAUUCUGCAUCAGUCUUGUACGCUCAAGAAGGUAUCACCAUGAUGAUUAUCACAUAAGAAACCACGACAGAAAAAAUGAAAUCCCACACUACGAAACGCAACAUGCAAAUCAACAUUAUGCUACACUAAGAAGCAAAAAAGCUGAAAUUGAAGGGGCCAUACAUGACAUCGAGAGCGAUUUAUCAGAACAUAAAAAUAAGCGAGGUUUUCUUGCCAACUUGGCUAAUUUAUUAAACGAUGCCGAAUUGCUAUCUGGUCAUAAAAAUGUCCAAUCAGGAUUAAGUUCCGUUACAUUAACAGAUCCCAAUAACCAAUCAAAAGACGAGGAAAAUGUUGCAACGAAGAAAGAAGAAAUAAUUCCAACCACAGAUGAAGUCAAGAAAGCUUUAAAAGAAACCACGAAAGAUUUCGCGCCAAUUUUUGCAAUGGUUCAUGGAAAAAUUAUUCCCCUAGGAAAACUACCCGACACUGCUUUCAAAAAAUCACACACAGAAGAACCACCCUCUCAAACUGCAGAAAAGACGAGUGAGAGUAGAGAUGUCAACGCUGCUAGAAGAACGCUUCCAGAUGAGAAACCUGCAAAGGAGCAAGAAACUAAAUCUAAAGCUACUAUAGAAAAAAAGGACAACGACGAAGAAAAGUUAUCUAAACUACAGAAAUAUCUAAAAAAUUUAGACGGCCAUAUUCCUGCAACAGGUGCUAGUAAAGAAGUCCGUGGCGUAGCCAAAGAUGAAGUUGUUUUUCCGGAUGACGAAACGGGUAGCCCAAAAAGUGACAUUAUGAAGCACGUGAAAAGUGUUGUUUUAGACACAGGUAAAGUUUUAUCUGUAAAUGGAAACCAUUUAGAAAGCGGGGAAGAAUCAAAGCCAGAAACAAGCGAUACCGCCACUCCAGAAUCACAACAGAAAUUUAUUGUUUCCGAUGAUGGUUCCUUAACGCCGCUAACGAAAAGUAAAGAGGAAAUUGGUGAAGCUGUGACACGAGAUACUACAGGAGGAAGUGAAGGACAAAAAACAGUUGCGCUCAGUUUGGAUGUUUUAAAGGACUUACUAAAAAAAAGCGAUAACAAAGUGUCGCUAGCAGCCUUGCUUAAUAAAUCACCUGAGACGAAGAGUGACACUCCUAAAGAAGAUGAAGAUCCAGGAACAAUUGAAGACUUCGCUGCUGGUGGAUUAAAAGCGCAUAACAUGUACCGAGGGAAACAUCACGAUGAAUCAUUAAUAUGGUCAGAUGAUUUAGCUGCAAAAGCACAAAAGUUAGCCGAAGCAUUAGCUGACAAAAAGACGUUGGAGAUUUCAAAAGAUUUAGAAAAAGACGGCUACGGUGAAAACGUAGCCAAGGUUUGGGCUAAAUUUAAAAAUGCUGGUGAAGCUGCCACUAAGAUGUGGUAUAGUCAGAGUGAGAACUACCAUUUUGACGACCCGCAUUUAGACGAAAAUACAGGCCAAUUUGCGCAGGUGAUAUGGCAAUCCACAAAAGAACUUGGAAUGGGAGUUGCGAAAAGUAUCGACGAUGUAAACAACGACUAUGUUUACGUUACAGCUUUAUAUAAACCUCCCGGUAACAUCGAAGCUGCAUUACGCAAAAAUGUACUUCCCACUGGUAAUAAUACCGUUGACGUGUACACUACGUUUUUCAAAAGGGGAGGAGUUGUAGAUAAUCUAAAUGCUAUUAGAAAACGAUCAAAGUUGGAACGCAGAGCCAAAAGGCUAGACAUCAUCGAAACUUAAUUACCAUGAUGCGCCCAACGCUAUUUGAUUGGUGAUCGUUUUGGAAUAAAUUAUAAUUAUUAGUGGUGAUAUAUAUACUUGUCAAUUAAAUUAUCAGCCACAAUUUUGCUAAGCCAUGAUAUUCUGUAAUAAGUUUCGUUAGUAUAGCUACUUUGUAAAAAAAGAAAAUAA